AUGGAUCAGCCACGGCAAAGCUCGACGGCGGCUCAGCCACCGGAAACUCCAACUCAACCAUCGGAGACGGCUUCGAAACCGUCGGUUUUAACACAGAUUCAGCAACCGCCUUCCACGAAUCCGAUUUCCUCCUCCGUUUCCUCUAUUCCUUCUUCCCCAGCCUCCUCGCAAUCACCAUCGCCCAGUCCGAACCCUAAUCCUCCUCAAUACGCGCGUCCGGUGACAUCUCCGGCGACGCAACAGCAGCAACAUCUCUCCCAGUCUUUGGGGCGACCUCCUCCGCAGGCGUACUCGAGACCAUGGCAACAACACUCCCCAUACACUCACUUCUCCUCCGCAUCGUCGCCAUUGCUAUCUUCCUCGUCGGCUCCAACCUCUUCCUCUUCGUCUUUGCCUAUUACUGGGCAGCAAAGAGGCGGCAUGGCGAUUGGCGUUCCAGCUUCCCCAAUACCGAGCCCCUCUCCUACGCCAUCUCAGCCUUCGCCUUCUGCUUUUCCGGGAUCUUUUGGGCAGCAACACGGCGGAUUGGGCCGUGGAACAGUCGGAAUGUCAGAAGCGACGUCCAAUACAAGUGUCUCGCAGGUUAGGUUGAUGCAAGGACCUCAAGGAAUUGGGAUGAUGGGAACGCUUGGCUCAGGUUCUCAAAUGCGACCAAGUGGGAUGGCUCAGCACCAACAGAGACCGACUCAAUCCUCUCUAAGACCAGCUUACUCUCCAAGUAGCCAAUCUCCUGUUCCCCAAAACUUUCAAGGGCACAGCCUUAUGAGACCUUCACCUAUUAGUUCUCCUGGUGUCCAAUCUACUGGUGCUGCACAACAAAGCUUGCAAGCCAUUAAUCAACCAUGGUUAUCAUCUUCUCCCCAAGGGAAGCCGCCUCUGGCACCCCCUUCAUAUAGACCGCAAGUAAAUACUCCCUCCAUGCAACCAAGAUCUCAUCUUCCUCAGCAACAUCUUUCCACGUCACCAGCGACUUCACAGCCUCAGCAACAACAACAACAACCUCAACAACAACAUCAGCCUCAAGAGCAACUUCAACAAUUGAGAUCUCCGCAGCAGCCUUUGCCCCACCCACAUCAACCGAACCGGGUCCAAGGGUCGGUAAAUCAGAAAGCUGCUUCUCUAGUAAUGCCAACCCAGCCUCCCGUGCCUCAAUCAGGAAACCAAGCUAAAACAGUUUCAGAUGAGAAUGAGGAGUCUGAUAAUCGUAUCCUGGGGAAAAGAAGCAUCCAUGAGCUACUUCAACAGAUUGAUCCCUCCGAGAAAUUGGAUCCAGAGGUUGAAGACAUCCUUUCUGAUAUUGCUGAAGACUUUGUGGAGUCGAUCACAACUUUCGGCUGUUCUUUAGCCAAACAUAGAAAGUCAGAUACUCUGGAAGCUAAGGACAUCUUGCUCCAUGUUGAAAGAAACUGGAACAUCAGGCCUCCUGGUUUUAGCAGUGACGAGAUCAAGACAUUUCGAAAGCCACUGACAACAGAUAUUCACAAAGAGAGACUUGCCGUUAUAAAGAAGUCAGUCACAGCAACGGAAGCAGCUAACGCCAGGAAUCCGUAUGGGCACGGGACGGCUAAUGCAAGAAGCGGUCAGGCAAAGACGCCUGCAAGUGCUAAUCCCAUGGCCUCUACAACUUUUAAUCACUAG